CCGCCGCUCGGCACAGCAGCACCGCGGACAGCGCCGGCCCCCGCCCGGCUCGGCGCGGCCCCGGUGACAGCGCCCGUUCCACCCGCGCCGCUCCCGGCCCAGCCCAGCCCGGCCCGGGCACAGCCCGCGCCAUGGCCACGGAGGUGCACAGCCUGCAGGAGCUGCGACGCAGCGCAUCCCUGGCCACGAAGGUCUUCGUGCAGCGUGAUUAUAGUGAUGGGACCACGUGCCAGUUCCAGACAAAGUUCCCUCCUGAGCUGGAGAGCCGGAUUGAGCGGCAGCUCUUCGAGGAAACUGUGAAAACCCUGAACAGCUUCUACGCUGAGGCAGAGAAGAUUGGAGGCAGCUCAUACCUGGAGGGGUGCUUGGCCUGUGCCACUGCCUAUUUCAUCUUCCUUUGCAUGGAGACACACUAUGAGAAGGUCCUGAAGAAGAUUUCCAAGUAUAUCCAAGAGCAGAAUGAGAAGAUCUAUGCACCACGAGGGCUGCUGCUUACCGACCCCCUGGAGCGUGGCAUGAGAGUCAUUGAGAUCUCCAUCUACGAGGACCGGUGCAGCAGUGGCAGCUCCAGCAGCGGCAGCUCCAGCAGCAGCAGCGGUGGUGGCGGGGCAGGGGGCCGGUGACUGGCAGAGAGUCCCUGCAGGGACUCAUACUGCCGGGACAGUGGCCUCUCUGAGCUCCGCAGGCUGCACUACCAGAGCACCCGCUUCUGAGCCCAGGGUGGGCAGGAGAAGGAAGCUGGAGGGAUAGCCCCAGUAGGGCUACCCACCCCUCUCUGCUCCAUGCCCUCUGCAGUGGCACUGCCCCUGCUCAGACCACUGUGGGCAGGUGCUAGUGCAUCCUAGGUGCUUCCCACUGAGCCAAACCGGUGCCAAGGGGCUCCAGCAGCCCUCUGGGUUCUUGGCACUGCUGCCUCUGCCACAAACAAAGGAGUUUGCCCUGCUGCAGGCAACCCCAGCUGGCAGCACCCUGCAUGCCACACAAUGGGGAGCAGAGGGACUGGCAAAGCCCUAGGAAAUGCUAAGGGGAGAGCACACAAUUAACCCCAUGCCUACAAGCACUGCCAGCUGCACCUCCUCCCUGGGUUGUCCUGCUCUUGGUGCUGCAGGAUGGGCUCAGCUGCUCAGGGUGCCUGGCAGAACCCUGAUGCUGCUUCAUCUGCAUGAUAUUGCUGUGCAUUCACCCCAGCCCUGCUCCACAUGUUGCCUGUUGCUGCUCCUAGCCCUGGCUAAAUACCCUCACCCAAUUGGCAGCAGCAUCCUCACCAGCCACACUCUUUUCCACUGCCCAUGACACUGAACACUUGCUUCUGCCUCCUGCCAUCCCCACCAGACCCAAAGAGCUCCUCAGCCCAAGCCUCGUGCCCAGGGCAGGGACACACAGUGGUGGGCAGGCCCCUGCCCUUGUGAUGCAUGCCCCAGGCUCAUGCAUAGCCUAUCACAGUGGAGGCUGAGCUGUGGUAGAGCUGAACCAGGAUCACCACUGUCCCAGAAGUCUGCUCUGCCCCAGUUCAGAGAGGCUACUUGCUGGAGCAGCUCCACCAUGCCCCUUCAUCUCCUGCUCACGUGUCCUGCAUGAAAUUGCCAACAGCACUCCCAUUUUCAGCCUGAUCUGUGGUGGGGACUCUGAGGAGCACCUGGGCCUGGCUGCAAAGUUCACGGGCCAGGGCCAGAUGCAGGAAGAAUAGAAGGGUCUCUAUGACACCCAGCACCUCUAGAAGAGUCUCUGCCCAGGUGCAGGGCUGAACUGAGCUGGCAUUGCUCUCUCAGGAACCUGGAGAGAGGACUCCCUUUGGCUUGGUCAUGGCACAUGUGCAGGGUAGACCUGGCCCCACUGUUCUUCCUGAGCCCCCAACUGCAUGGAGACUUUCCUCAAUAAACCCCACACUUUA